UCUUCAUUUACCAUGCUAAUAUAGGGAGUUAUCGUAUUCAAUCCAAUCCUAGACACCAAACAAGCUCAUAAUUUGUUUUAGAUUGAGAUUACAAGAAUUCAAGUUGCAUUAUUUUCAUGGUAGGCCCUACCAAUGGAAACUUCAUGGUGUGAAGUCAAUGACAAUUUUCAUGCGUUUCUUGUUGAGGAGUACGGUUAGGUUAUAUGACAUCCAAUGUCUACCAUUGAAUUGUUCAAAUGGCUCAAUUCUCAGCCAUACAACUUUCAUUUCUCCCAACUUUUGAAAGCACUUAAUGGAACAAUAGAGAAACUACUAGGUCUUUUGUGGGGCAGGAAAAGUUCAACAUGUCAUCACUAGUUUUGGUAGCAUCUGCAGUGACAGUAAAACUGCAAAUGAGCAUCUCUGGUGGUAGGUAGUCUUUAUUGAUCAGAUGAGGAAAAAAAUAUUUUAAAAAAUCACUGUUUCCCUGAAAUGAGGGUUAAAAAUUCUACUGUCAAUUUCAUUCAUGUUUAAAUCCAUAAUUUCUGUCAUUUCCGUAAACCAUGUAAAUUUAGCAUGAAUUUUGGAAACAUUAUGAAGAAAAAGAGAUUGAAAAAAAAUAAAAGAUAUCAAAACCAACAAGUCAUAUAAGUCUGGAGAGCCACACAAGUGGACCAAUCAGAAGAAUGAAUACAAGUGGAUCAACUACAGAGAAGCAUCGAUUAUAGCUCUCCACCAAUUAUUUAAUCAAAUGACGACCUACCAAGAUGAAAAACACACUUGAAGAUAAUUAUAACUUAUUGACAGUAAGUCUUGCCACAAUAAAACCUAUUGUCUAAAACGUCACAAUGCUUCCUUUUAUUUUGUAUCUAAUAAACAUAAUAUUUCUCUGCACAGCCUACUCCAUUUGCAUCCAGACAAGGAAGAAGAGGAAGAGGAAAGAACCAACUCCUCUUCUUCUUCCUUCUUAUUAACAAUGGGUUCCUGUUUCCCUAAACAGAUAGAACGCCGUAAGGCGAUCUCAACGGAGAGGAAAUCGAUGCGUGAUCUUCAUCAAAGCUGUGGUGAGGACUUUCCAGCUUGUGCCCUUAGGCCUACAGAUAGAAAAAAUUGGAUGGCAGGCCUCAACCCUGAGAAGCUUCACAUACACAAUAUUUUAUGGCCAGGAACACAUGACUCUGCAACCAACAAGAUUGGAUUUCCAUGCAUAACUAGGCCUUUUGCACAAUGCCAAACUCUGUCCAUCUACCAACAGCUUGUCAUAGGCACCAGAGUGUUUGACAUUCGGGUUCAAAAGGAUCGUCGCGUCUGCCAUGGAAUUCUUGUCACAUACAGCAUUGAUAUUGUGAUCAGAGACAUCAAGAAGUUUCUAUCUGAAACAAAGUCAGAGAUCAUACUCCUUGAAAUCAGGACGGAACAUGGUCAUGAUGACCCUCCUGAUUUUGAGCAGUAUUUGGUGCAUCAAUUUGGGGAGGUUCUCAUCCACCAGGAUGACAAUGUGUUCAACAAGACCAUUGCAGAAUUGUUUCCGAAGCGAAUAAUAUGCGUGUGGAAGCCAAGGAAUUCACCUCAGCCUAAGGCAGGGGGCCUUCUAUGGAGUUCUGAGCACUUGAAGGAUGACUGGAUCAACACGGAUUUGCCAUCGACAAAAUUCGAAAGCAACUUGAAGUAUUUGAGUGAGCAGCCUCCAAUUUCAACAAGGACAUUCUUUUACAGGGUGGAGAACACAGUGACACCUCAGCCUGAUUACCCUAUUGUGUGUGUGAAACCGGUGACCGGUCGGAUUCAUGAGUAUGCAAGGCUGUUUAUAACUCAGUGCUUCUCUAGAGGUAUUGAAGAUAGGUUGCAAAUCUUCUCUACUGAUUUUAUAGAUGAGGAUUUUGUUGAUGCAUGUGUAGCUGUUACAUAUUCAAGAAUUGAACGGAAAGCCUGAAUUUCCAUUUUUGAGUAA